UUUGAUUCAUUUUACUGAGAACUUGGGUCUUCUCUUUCCUCAGAAAGAUCUCGCUUGUACGUCAUGUAAUCACGAGAAUUGAGCUGCCAGCCUGCCACUUCAUUGUUUCACCAUGCAUAAAACUUAACGUACACCAUUCUCUCAAAAUGCAGAAUAUACUUUAACUAACUUUCCACAAACCAUAAUAUAUAUAUAUAUACACGCAAGUUUUAGAUCGUCAUUUACUCUUGCUCUCAUCAGGUAAGUAUUAGUUUUGGUAGGCUAAACUUUCGAAUAGAAAAUGGGUAUAUUCCCUGGAUUUGGUAGCUGGAUAAGUAAGAACAGUCAACAGCCUCUUAAGGCCGAGUCCAAGAGAUCUGAAAAUGUCGAAUCUAAGUCGGUGUCAGAGAAAGACAUCAAUAAUAAUGCUCCUGCUAACAAGAAGAAGAAAGAAUAUGUGUAUGAUGAAAAAGAGGAGAUGAGACAACAUAUACUUUGGUAUGAAGAAGAGAAGAAGCAUCCUUGGCAUAAUCCCCCUCCCAAGGUCAAGGUGACAACUAAGAAGGGUGUUUACCAUAUGAACUUAGAAGUAACCAUAGGAGCGGCGCCUAAUAUGACCUUCUUUUGGUUGACUGACCCAGGGAGCAGUUCGUUUUUUGAUAUGAAGAAUUGGCGCGUCCUUAUGAAAAACAUAAAAAGAAAGGUUUUGACGGAGGAUGGUCCGAGGCGGGUCAUCAAGGUGGAGAAAGCUGUGGUUCAUGACUUCUUUUCGCUGACUACUAUUCCUAUCCCGUUACAUCUAAUUGUGGAAGAAAACGAAAAAGAUCUUACGGGAAAAUAUAAGAAAGAGAAAGUAAUGUUCAUGAAAGUGUUCGAGGGCAACUUUAAAGUGGAGCCUGUAUAUGUAGAUCAAGAACGGUUGUGCAAAAAGAAGUUACCAAAAGAUCAAGAAGAAUAUAAAAAAUGUAGUGGUGGCGAAGGAAAGACUGCGUCAAAAUUGACAAUAAAUCAAUACUUUGAGCCAUAUCCUCCAUUUAAUCUACCGCCGCUUUCUUGGUACAUCCGUGGGAGCACCAUCAAAGCCUCCAAAAAUCUGCUCAUUGCACUUCAGAACACAUCUAAGAUUAUAAGAAUAGCUAAGCUGCCCGAAGAUUAUGAAGAAUUUAGAGCAAAGAUGAAUUCCAGGAGUAACGCAAAUUCAAUAUUUUAUUAGAAAAGCUUUAAAACAAAUUACAACGAAUCUGUUUAAUCAGAAUAAUAUGACUUCGCAGCUUGUGAAUCAACAUUGAUCAUUUUCUAACCUAUCAAAUUAAGCAACACAACUCUCGUUGCACACUUGAUUAUGCUUGAUAAGAAACUCUCACACCCAGCUCUCUGAUCUCUCAAAACCGUGACUAGCUAAAAACCUCUCCAGCUCCUUUUUAUUACCACC